CCACCUAUCUACAUCACACCAAAACCGUCACAGAGUCAGUCAAGAACUUUCAACAAUAAGUUGUGAACUGUGUGAAUUCCAAGAGAUUUGCAGUGAGAAACGUUUCUUCAUUCACCUUGGAAAUCAUCUUAAACGAAAAGAAACAAUUAAUUGUCCCUUUAAAGGAUGUGGAUUUAAAACAAACAAUCGGCCAACGUUCAGCUCUCAUAGAAGCAGAAUACACAGAAAGCAUACACUAAAAGACUUUAGAACUGCAAUACAAACGGUCUUCGAGAGGAUUGAUAAUGAAGUGCCAUCUAUCUCACAGAUCUCUUCAGAAGUCGAAAUUGGAGAUGAUGAUAGAAUACAGUUUGAUGAAAAUGUAAAUAGUCAAACACUUGAACAAAAAAUUGCAUCUCUUUUUUUGUGUAUGCAGACUGUGUUCCAUGUUUCAAAAGAUGCUACUCAGAAAAUAAUUGAGGAACUUAAAAGUAUUUUGUUGUUCUCCAAAUCUCAGGCCCUUCAUAGUGUAGAAUCAAUUCUCACAAAGCACAAUGUUAAUGUUGAAAGUAACAUUGUCAAAGAAAUUGCAGAUUCAGUGUGUUUGACAAAUCCACUUUUAACAGCAAUAUCUGCAAAGGGUAUUUUGUCUACUGACUACAGAAGAUCUCUGUAUUUCAAACAACACUUUCCUUUAAUAGAACCUACAGAAUAUCUUUAUGAACAUACCCAGAAAGCAUCCUUUGUUUAUGUGCCAGUCAUUCAGGUACUUGAAACUCUGCUAAGUUUACCAUGUUUUUUGGAUAAAGUUGAAUUUACAAACGAACAUUUAGCUGGACAGUACAAUUCGUUUCAAGAUGGGAAGUACUACAGGGAGAAUGUGUUUGUUGCAGAAGAAGAGGUUGUUCUGAGUUUGGCCUUUUAUAUAGAUGAGUUUGAAGUUUGCAACCCAUUAGGCACAUCCAGAAAAAUUCAUAAAAUUACUGCUGUCUACUGGAUGAUCUUAAAUUUACCUGCAAAGUGGAGAUCUACUUUAACAUCCAUUCAGUUAGCUGUUUUAGGAAGGAGUGUUGAUGUUAAAAAAUUUGGCUAUGACAAAUUAUUGGAACCUUUGAUAAAAGAUUUGAAAGCUUUGGAGCAAAAUGGUGUGUUUGUGGAGACUUUGGGGCAUUAUGUGAAGCCAACUGUUUUCUGUGUAUGUGCAGAUAAUCUCGGAGCCCACAGUCUUGCAGGCUACCAGGAAAACUUUAAUGUUGAUAAGUUCUGUCGGUUCUGUUUGAUAAGUCGUGAUCAAAUAGCAACUGUUAAGGCUAGUGAUUUCCCUCUGAGGACUGUUGAAGAGCACAAUUCAUUUGUGGAACAGCUUAAGCAGAGUGACACCCUGCAGAGUGUUAAUGGUGUAAAGAGUGAGUGUUCAUUAAGCAAACACUUGAGAAACUUUCAUCCAGUCACUGGGUUUCCCCCAGACAUUUUACAUGAUUUUUUUGAAGGGGUCAUACCUGUGGAAUUAUCUUUGUGUCUCAGAGAUUUGAUCUCAAAAGGUUACAUUACUCUUGAAGGAUUAAAUCACUCAAUCAAAACAUUCCCUUACAAGUACUCUGACAAGGUCAACAAACCAAAGGCAAUUCUAAAAUCAGGCCUAGUUAAAGGAUCAAUUGGGGGUAAUGGUCAUGAAAAUUGGUGUUUGUUGCGCUUACUUCCUUUAAUGAUUUGGGAUUGCGUCCCAGAACACGAGCCAUCAUGGGAAAUAUUAAUGGACCUAAAAGAAAUUGUAGAAAUUGUCCUGUCACACAGUCUCUCUGAAGAAACUCUGUGUUACUUGUCAUGUAAAUUGGCAGAUCACCGCUUGCUUCUGACUUCCACGUUUCCAGACUUCAAAUUAAAGCCGAAGCACCACUUCAUUGACCACUACCCACAACUGACAAAAUGCUUUGGACCUUUGGUGAACGUGUGGACUAUGCGAUAUGAGUCCAAGCACUCAUUCUUUAAGAAUGUAGCACGUGAUAUUCACAAUGUGAAAAAUUUGCUGCUUACUCUUUCUGUUAAACAUCAGCAAAUGAUCGCCUAUCAUUUGAAUGCUCAAAGCCUUUUGAAAUCCGAGUUAUAUGUUGAAAAAGUGGAUGUGGUUAAAAUAUCACUGUUAGAUGCAAAACUGAAAUGUGCUAUACAAAGAAAGUUUCCUCAUGUGUACACUGUGUCACUGUCCAAAAAUGUUUGUCUGUAUGGAACUCAAUAUGCUAAGGACAUGAUUAUAUCUGCUGGACAAUCCAAUGGACAUCCUGACUUCUUCAAGAUAGAGCACAUGUUGCUCUGUCCUGACAAAGUCUCCAUUGUAUCUAAAAGACUUUCUGCCUGGUAUAUUGAACACUUGAGAUCUUAUGAACUUGUGGAAAGCAACUAUGCUGACAUGGUUGUCCUUGAUCUUGAUGACUUAAAUGAUUAUCACCCAUUGAUUCCAUACAGGCUUAGAGACCGAGUCCUUGUGACCCUGAGGACAUACCUGCACCAUUAAACUUGCCUGAUGGCUUUACUACUGCGAGUUGUCAUUUCGUCAACUGAUGCCCGGCGACUUCAGCUUUUUGAAGUGCCACAGUCUGUGGAGUCCCUUAUUAGUAUUCUGAAGGAGAAACUGCAGUUACAAGGACAGUUUGUCUUGCAGUUUGAAGACCCUGAUUUUGGGAAUGCCCUUUGCAGCCUGACUGACAUCUCGGAACUGCCCAGUGACAAAGCAGUCUUGCAUAUUCAGUGGUGCAAUUCAUCAUUGUCUGAAACCAGCCUUUCUGUGUCAUCUCUUGAUACUGCUAGUGUUGAUGACUCUGAUGGAUCCUUGACCAGCUCCACAGCCUCUGUACAAAGGUAUUUGCGCACAACCUCAGAAUGGCCACUGCCAUUCCCCAUCCCACCCCUGUCAUUUGAUGUCGAGCUAAAACUACGACGAGGCAAUGAGACAUAUGCAGAAACACAGACAGGCAUUGAUGUGACCAGAGACAUAAAGAUGGAGAUUCUUGAUAAAAUAGUUCAGGCUGUUUUUGACAUAAAGGCAUAUCCCAACAAUCAAGAAAUUGAGUCCAUUGCAUCUGCCCUGAUUUCCAAGUAUCCAUGCCUUAAGGAGCCUGGCAAAGGUAAGGGCUAUGAAGGAUGGUUGAUCAGCCUAAAGAACAAGCUAAACAAUUACCGUUCAAAAUUGAGAGCAGCAGGCUGCAAUGAAGUUAGUGUGAACAAGAAGCGUAAGGAUGUUGAACAUGGACAUGGUUUCACCAUGAAAAAAGCAAAGCGUGGAGAAGUGAAUUUUGUCCCAGAACAUCCAUGCAACCACACUGAUGCUUCACUUGAAGAACAAAGACGUUUAUUGAUCGAUGAAACCAAAAAGGCAAGAAGCAGCAUGGUGCUCAUAAGUGAAAAAAUGGAAUUAACUUUUUCCCUGAGGAGAAAAGAAGUGGUAGAAGAUCAACCAAUGGUUGUAGACGUGCAGCAGAGGUGGCCUGCACUUUUUCUCCAGGAGCAGAUUGCUGAGGAAUUCUUCAGAAUCACGAAUAAAGACCUUCUUGAUGUCUUCAGAGCAGCUAUGGAUAGAUUUACACCUAAGCUCUUGAAAUUAUACAGAGCUAGAAAAACUGCAUUUGGAGAGGACAUGGAACAGCUCCUAGAAAGACUUGAUGAAAGGGUGACCGAUGUUGUUAAUCACAGAAGGACUACUGCUUUGAAAGGCCUGCCUUUGUUUCUUCGAGAGGACCCAAACAAGCUGUUUAAGACCUGCAAAGACACCGAAGAUGGGGCAAAAGGAGUGUCUAUUGCCAUUCUGUGUGUUUUGGAAGAUGACACCCAGGCGACAUCACCCGAGGUUGUGAACAUUGCUGUUGUCUUGGAGCAGGUCGUCGUUUUGAAAGAUCUCCCAGAUAUUUCUACUGCUCUUGCAUACCUUUUUGGCCUUCUGUAUGCAUUAAACAUGUCCUAUCCUCAAGCUCUUAAGUACACUUUUGACACCAUUCAGAAUGUUUUCAUGGAGCUGGGAUCUGGAUGCACCAAACGUGUACUUUCUCUGAAGAACAAACUGUUGUAAAGAAAAUAAGAACAGUGUUUUUGGGAUCCUUUUUGGCGUUCAUUUGUUACAAGACCUAAAGUGCGCUUGGAUACAAGGUCUGGGGAUUCUUUUAGUUGGCAUCUCUGUUUCUUGUUACAGAUGUCAAACUGUUCCAAAUGCACCAAACGUGUGCUUUCUCUGAAGAACAAACUGUUGUAAAGAAAAUCAGAACAGUUGUUUUGGGAUCAUUUUUGGCGUUCAUUUGUUACAAGACCUAAAGUGCAGCUUGGAUACAAGGUGAUUAUUUUAGUUGGCAUCUCUUUUUCUUGUCAUCAGAUGUCAGACUGUUCUUAAAGUGUACAGUACGGCAUACCAUACCAGGUUAGUGGUUGCAGUAAGCAUGUCUGUUCUUAUAAAUGGUUGUUUAAAAUUGAGGGAUAGUUCAUCCAAAAAUUAAAAUUGUCACAUUUUGUCACUCUUAUUUUGUUACAAACCUGUAUAAAUGUCUUCGUUCUGAGGAACAUGAAGAAAGAUGCUUUGAGGAAUGUUUGUAACCAAACCGUUCAUGAGCCCCAUUCACUUUUAUAGUAGGAAAAAAGAAUACUAUAGAAUCGAAUGGGGCUCGUGAUCUGUUUGGUUACAAACAUUCCUCAAAAUAUCUUAUGUUCAUCAGAACAAAUACAUUUAUACAGGUUUGUAACAACAUGGGGAGUAAGAAAAUGACACUAUUUUCAUUUUUGGGUGAACUAUCCUUUUAAACAAAACUGUAAAAAUGUGUUUUAAAUGUUGGUUUAAAUGUGGUAAUUUGAAAAGGUUUAGAUUACAGAACAUGUCAAGACAUUAAAAACAUUUUAUUGUUGAUACAAAGAAAAAUCCUAAAUUGAUACCAACAAGUUUUAUGCUGUUUUUGUGUACAUUUAAGUGAUUUAAUGAGAAAUUGUAUUGCACUGAUUUUUGUUGGUGUUAAAAAUUGUCUGUAUGCUUAGUGUAUGCAAAAUUUAAGUUCCUACUGAAGAUGGAAUCUGGACUUUUUCUUUAAAGUGCAGCUGUUGUGUCACAACUUUAAAAAAAAGUUAAAUAUUGUGAACCGAGUUUGUGCUAGUGUAGCAUCUUAUUUCUAAUUGAAAUAAAUGAUAAAGUAAAUGUUU